AUGGCCACGUCAAAUGGCAAAGGUGAAAAAGUGUCCAAAUUUGAGAUGCUGAAACUUUUGGAGAAAUGCAGGAAAGAAAGGGACGAUGCCAUGCACAAAGAAAGCGUUCUCAGAGAGAAGCUCAGGCAGUAUGAGUCAAGGAUGCGUUCAACAGAGGCUAUGAAACAGAAACUGAAGACUUUGACUCUGGACAACAGGGAGCUGAGGAAACAGGUGAAGGCUCUUCGUACUGAAAUUGGACUUGAGUGCAGCCCUAAGUUCAAUGGAAAGACCACCAAGGACAUAAUCAAUGACUUGCAUGAAAAAGAACGUGAGUGCAACUCCCUGGUGGAAAAGGCUGGAAAACUGAGUCUGACCAUUGAUGGCUUGACCUCAGAGUUGGCAAAUACAGUCACCUCUAAAACACUUUUAGAGGAUCAAGUGCAGUCAUUACAGCAAAAUCUCAAGGAUAUGACAAAUAACCAGCGUCGUCUGCUUAAGCUGUGGGAAGACAAGAAGUCCCAGAGGGAACAGCUUGCCCUGCCUGCAAUAAUACAGAAACCUGGACUGAAGCCACCCGCCCAUAAAGCAGUUCAAACUGACAUGUCCAUCAGUUCCACCCAAAAGCUUCCAGCCAAUGCUUUUGAGAUAAAGCCAUUUUCACGGGACAGUGACAAAAAUACUGUUUUGGAUAAACACAGCUUCCCAUCUUACGGAAACGGCUAUAGUCACGGAAAGAAAGCUUUCGUGCAUGAUGAAGCUAAGGGAAUACAGAACUGACUUCACUGACAGCUACUCUCUGCACUUGAGAUGACAACUAAUUACUGGACUAAUGUUACAUAAUGACUGAGAGUAAAAUGAGACACAAUUUUAAAGCUGAUUUAUGUUCCGUCUUGUGUAAUUCCAUCUUGUGACAAUGUUGUUUUAAUAGCAUUUGCAUAAUUUAAACGUAACCUGACUUUUAGGAUCGGUGAAAGUCG